AUUUGAAAUUUUGAUUCAGGUUUAGGCUUAAGUCUAAAAUCUAUCCAUCGACUGUUUUUAAAAAGCUUAAAAAUUAACUAGAAAUUCACAAAAGAAUUUAACUUUGAAAAGUCAGACCGGAAGUUCUUCUGCUUUGUUUUUUCAAGCCGACACGGCGGGAUGUGAAGCUAGCGUUAGCAUGUAGCAGCAGAGAUGCAGAGACCCGUCUCCUCUCUGAAUAUAACCCCCAGUGUUAGAGUUAAACUGGUCACCGCGGGAUUCCAGUUCACCUCUGACCUGCUGCACGUGACACCAACACACCUGAGCGCAGAGGCGUGUUUGUCCCAGCAGGAGGCGUCAGAGGUUCUGCAGGCAGUGAGCUCAGGUGGAGGUGUGGCCUCUCUUAGUGCUCUGGAUCACCUGCAGAAGGAGGAGGAGCUUACGAACAUCGUCACUUUCUGCUCACAGCUCGACACCGCACUCAACGGGGGACUUCCUAUCGGGAAAACGACUGAAAUCUGUGGAACGCCGGGGACGGGGAAAACACAACUGAGCCUGCAGCUCGCCGUGGACGUUCAGGUCCCGCCGUGUUUCGGUGGCCUUGGAGGUCAGGUGGUCUUCGUCGACACUGAGGGAAGCUUCCUGCUGCAGAGAGUCACCAACAUCGCCACGGCCGCCGUCAAACACUGCUCCCUAUUGGUUGAAGAUGACGAGCAACGAGUCGCCAUGACAACCUUCAGUGUAGAAACAAUCCUGUCCAACAUUUUCCUGGUGCGUUGCCAUGACUACGUGGAGCUGCUGGCAGAACUCCAGCUUCUACCUGACUUCCUGUCCGAGCACCCGAAGGUCCGCCUCCUGGUAAUUGACAGCGUGGCAUUUUCGUUCCGACAGCACUUUGGCGAGCUUUCGCAGAGGACCCGCCUCCUCAACGGCCUCGCCCAGCAGCUCAUUGCCAUGGCAACCAGCCACAACUUGGCCGUGGUGUUGACCAAUCAGAUGACCACACGCCUGCAAGGCAGCAAAUCACAGGUGGUCCCUGCCCUCGGAGAGAACUGGGGCCACGCCGCUUCCAUCAGACUUCUCCUUCACUGGGCGGGGCCUCGGCGUUUGGCGGCCAUUUUUAAAUCACCCGCUCACAAAGACUGCACCGUGGAGUACCAGAUCACCUCUGAGGGCUUCAGGGACGCCGACCAAUCAGAGCUGCCCCAGAGCAAACGCCAACGGACAGACAGCAGCCUAUCAGAUGGCAGCAAGACAGAAACAAGCUCCUGAUUGGUCUGAGAGUGUCAGCCAAUCAGAGUCCAAGAGGUGUUUUUUCCCCCUUUUUUAAAUUAAAUAAAUAUUGAACUUUU